AUGUCGAUAAUAAGGGAUUCGCGCGUCCAGUGUGAGAAAGAGAAAACGAGAGGACUGUCUGACCAUACCAGUGACGCAGAUAUCGACACACUGAAGCUUGAAGUCGCCAGCCUCAAGAAGGAAAUGCAGGCAUUGCGACUGUCAGUGGAGUCGAUGGUUUCUGACACCACAUCAUCAUCACCAAUACCAGCACUCCCGUGUCGGACUCCCCCUCCCUCCCUCAACGACACUCACUGCUUGACAGUUUGGUUGAAAAGGUCGGAGUUCCUGAGCUUAACGACUUUGUCAAGAACACAAAUCCUCCCAUCUGGGCUGCAAGUGACCUUCAACAUAGACAACAAAACCAACAAAAUCCUGUCACAGAGCAUCGACGAUCCAUCCCUUCUGAAACCUGAAAUCACAGUCGUUACAGCAUAUUUUAACAUUGGCUCAUUCGCCAAGGGUCAAACAUCCAACGUGCACACACCAAGCCGUUAUAUGCACUGGAUGAAGGUUUUUGGCAGAAUCAGGAACAACCUUGUCGCAUAUACCGAUUCUAGAGAUGCCUUUAAUUUACUUACUAACCUCAGACGGAAGUUUCCCAGCAACAUGACAAAGGUUUUCCUUAUAGACAGGGCCAAUCUCUGGUCCUUCUCUUUGGCUGGGGAAAUUCGAAGUAUUUACAGUCAGCCUAACUAUCCACAUCAUCAUCCGAACACAGUUAACGAGAACUACUCAUGCGCGAUGCAUGCAAAGUUUGAGUUAGUUAACAAAGUCUUAAUGGAGGAACUGUUUCCUACCAAAUAUUUCUGUUGGUUGGAUAUUGGACUCUUUCGUGAUCUUGCUGAUGAUAACUCGGUGUUCAAGCUUCAAAUACCACACGAAUGGGACAGAGACAGAGUCGCUUAUAGCCGUGUGUAUGGUUUUAACGAUAAAGCUACAAUAGAAAGCGUAAUCAAAGGGAACAGUGUAUGGGUGGGCGGGGCCAUGUUUCUGGGAACUCCUGAAGUGUUACACAAGUAUACCGGGGACUAUAUGAAUACAGUAAAAAUGUUGUUGAAACAACGUUUAAUGAACACAGAUCAGCAGGUUAUAUACUCAAUGUAUCUCCCGUCAUCUAGAGUCAAGCCUCGGGUUCAAAUCCAGUUAUUUUCUGGAAAGAACAGCCGAUACAAUCCAUGGUUUUAUCUUGGUUACCUAUGCAGAGAGACGUCGCAAAACGCCAAAAAUGAUGCCAACAGGUCAAUUUCCUAAAUAAUCCAGUCAUAAUCCAAUUGAUAUUCAAGCACUUUCAGUUCCCCCUAAUCCUAAAAGUAACAAAGUUAUAGCAGUUGUCUGAAAAAGAAUACGCCAUACUAAUGUUUUCCUCUAUGCAAUGCAUAAAUGGUGAUCAGUGAUUAUAACAGGUGUUCGCGAAAAGUGUGCACCCGCCACAAUCACAUGCACAAAUAUGGGAAGUUUUCACCUGAACAGUCAUGAGAACACAUUUUAGUCAAAAUAAGGAAUUGCAUUUUGGCCACCAAACUUUGAAAUGUCAUCCACAUGUUUACCAUAACACACUAUGAUAGUGCUCGUCCAAUUAAAAUUUGGAUAAGUUCCUCAAGCACAACUUACUUCAAUUAUUAGUUAUACAGUUUCUGAUUACCCUGCUUAAAUAGACAGUUUCGCAGCUUCACACAUGACCAUUUUGACAAUGCCUGUCUCACACAUGGCUUUCUUAACAAAACCACAGCUUAGCGUAUGACAAUGUCACAGUUUUAUGCAUUGCGUAAUCGAAAUUCUGUCAGUUUUACACGUAUCUUUAACGACAAUGUCUCAGUCUCACACUUGACCUUUGUCUUACUCUCACACAUGGCCUUAACGACAAUGUCUCACUCUCACACAUGACCAUUGACUCACUCUCACACAUGACCUUUGUCUUACUCUCACACAUGGCCUUCACGACAAUGUCUCACUCUCACACAUGACCUUUGACUCACUCUCACACAUGACCUUUGUCUCACUCUCACACAUGACCUUUGUCUCACUCUCACACAUGACCUUUGUCUUACUCUCACACAUGACCUUUGUCUCACUCUCACACAUGACCUUUGUCUCACUCUCACACAUGACCUUUGUCUUACUCUCACACAUGACCUUUGUCUCACUCUCACACAUGACCUUUGUCUUACUCUCACACAUGACCUUUGUCUUACUCUCACACAUGACCUUUGUCUCACUCUCACACAUGACCUUUGUCUUACUCUCACACAUGACCUUUGUCUCACUCUUACACAUGACCUUUGUCUUACUCUCACACAUGACCUUUGUCUUACUCUCACACAUGACCUUUGUCUUACUCUCACACAUGACCUUUGUCUUACUCUCACACAUGACCUUUGUCUUACUCUCACACAUGGCCUUAACGACAAUGUCACAGCUCCACACACGUCCAUAACUACAAUGCCCCAACCUCACAUGUGUCCUUAACGACAACGUCAAAGCUUCACACAUGUCCUUAACAUCUUAUCUCGCAUAUUUGCAUUUGUACAUACAGUCCUUAUCUGGAGCCAUGUAGCAGAAAUAAUAGUUUCACUUUAAUAGCCAUAGCCAUCCAUUGAAAAGCAGUGAGAAAAUCCCCAUAUUGACAUAAUAUUGUACAGAUCCUGUGAAGUCUGGUUACCACACAACAGAUUUCAUUUAUUAUAUGAUACCAUAUAUAUGUAGAUUAUAUCACGGUAAACCAAAAGUGCAAAUAAACGUUUAUCAUUAAUAUUUCAAAUACAAAGGUAUGUACAUAUUACAAACACUUGUAUGCAAAAAAUAGCAGGAAAGUAUUGGGGACAAGUAAUUUUAUGCACAAUUACAUUGCUUGUAAACAUAGGAAAGGGACAAUGAUAAACUGGAAUAUGUAUCUUUAGUUAGAAUACAUCAUCACUGAUGACAGAGCAUCUACCGGCAAUGCCCUUAUAACUAUUCCCACUACACAGAUAAUUCCCAUGGCCUUGAAUUCAGUGGAAAUACUCAUGUGAACACUAACAGUGAUAUAUGUGGACCACGGAAGGAAUCUGCCCAGCGGAAUAAUCAGAGUAACCCUCAGAACAAAGGUUAUCCAAUACGAUCCCUCAGCAAAUCGUAUAACACUCUAUAGCUAGAAGGUGUCUCCCGUCUACGUAUCAAACGGAUUGUUAUGUCUAACAUCAAGGCGGACAAGUCGUUCGAAGAACUGAAGAACAUCGUAUCCAGCUAUGCCCAUGAACGUCACGUCCGUGUAACAUAUGUCCGACUCAUGAAGAAACGGAUUAACUUUGAUAAGUCUGAAACUUACACUGUACAGGUAAACUUGCCACUAGAUGAUUAUGACGUCAUGGUGAAUGACGAUUACUUCUGACCUGAGGACAUGUGUCGAGACUAUGUGCCAAGGCAGCUUCAAACUGAUCCGAAACAACAACAACAGCAAGAAUACAGAAGGAACAUCUACUAACAAAAUGACUAGGUUCAUAUUGACUUUGUUGUCUACUGUGACGAUACUAAGUGUGCUGACCUGGACUGUGCGUGGUGUGUCUCAUCAGACGGAACAUAUCAACUCUAUUUUACCGGACUAUGUCGAUAUCAUUGCUGUACAAGAACACUGGCUAAAAACAUGCAAUAUUCAAAGAUUCAAAGAUCUUAAACUUCUGUCCUACAUAUGUGACGAUGCAUGUACCUCCACGAGAGGGUCCGGUGGUAUAGCUCUUCGACAGAACAUUCACUCUAAAUGGAGGACGCAAUGUUUACAUUCGUCUCUUCUGACAGUAGUAUUGCUGUUCAGUUAACGCACCCACGUGCCGCUGUUAUUUCCAUUCUUAUACAUCAUACAAGCAAGCUAAGCGAGAAUUCCGACGUCGUCACAGACAGUCAAAGCAGGCCUAUUCAAAGACAUUUUGUUUGGAAUUAGAAAAAAAACUUGUGAUACUGAUGUGAAUACGUUUUAUAAAUCUGUGAGAAAACUACGUAAGCAAAAAAUCGGAGUUGAAAAACUUACAUAUGAUGACCGUAAUGUAACAAACCCCACUGACAUAUGUCCACUGACAUAUGUCAGCCUUGGGGUAGGUACUAUGCGGAUUUAGCAAAACCAUAUGACUCCGACCAGUUCGAUCAAGACUUUAAAGAUGGUAUUGACUAUGAAAUUGAGAAAUUAGCCUCCAGUGACGAAUCUAACUCAUGUGUUGAUAAUGUACUAUGUGCUGAAAUAUCGGUUCAGGAUGUGACUAGAUAUGUACA